AUGGAUGCACUCAGACUCCGCAAGACCAUCAUCGCAUCCCGCCGGAGUUCAACCGCCUAUUCUACCACCACAACCUGCUGUCAACACAACGAGCGAGAGGGGAGAUACACGCCAUAUUCAAGGAGUGCGGCGUCAGAUCAGCAUCGACACGGACAAGGAUACCUGCGGCACCGCCUUCUUGGCGCUACGAUGCUGAGACCGCCGUCGAACACCUUUCGGGCUUCAGCGUUGCCAGCAGAUCUCAGAUGUUUGAGACCACCGUCGGCGUUACCCGCAGGCGAAGAUGGGCAAGAAAUUUGUCCAGAGGAAGACGGUAAUUACUUUCUUCUGCAAUUGUGCUAUGCGGCGUUAGGAUUCGGGGUCCUAUGUGAAAAGAAAGAUGCGGGCCAAAUAGCCAUCGAAGCAUGAACAAAGAUUUCCUGCCUGAUCCUCAAACAACAAAAAGCCUCUCAUGUCAGUGCGAUUAGGGUUUUCUGAAUCCCACUCAAGUCAGUUUUCUUUAUUCUUCUUGUUCUUUUAUAUUACUCAACAGGUGAGUUAAUUGCUUUCUUUAUCAUUGUUAACUGUAUAUGUUAUCUCUAUUUCCUCCUGUUGUUCAAUUACAUGAUUGGAAUUUUUUUUCCUCCUGUGCUUUAUCUGAGUGAGACAUACUGUUUACUUGCUGUGUUCGUACUGCCAUAAUUAUCACAGGUCAAACCUUGUUGUGUAUCAGUUUUUUGAGAAUUGCUAAAACUCUUUCACAUUGUGAUUAGUUCUUUUCGCUUUAUGACAUUUCUGAAUAAAUUUUUUUUUGCAUUUGUCCAUAUGGUUUUUAAUUCUAGUUAUUUUGGUAGUUUGAUCUAUCUCUUUGUUGUAAUGGUGGGGAUGCCUUUUGAAGUUGGACUAAAUUUGGUUUCUGGUUCUGUAGAGUUGAUUGUUUAUUGGUGGCAAUUGGAUAGGACGAAAAGUUGUUGGAUGAUU